AUGAAUGAACCUCGAGAGAGCCAGGUGGCACUAGGUAGUAGGGAAGAGUGGCAGUCAUCUGUGAAAUUAGUGUUGGCACCUUUACAGCAUUCCCCGAGGCUACUGCAAGGGUGGGUGGCGUUCACUGCCUUGUACAUGCUGCUGACUCUCGCCGACUUGCUCAUCACUCUCCCGUUCACGACCCUCCUGCACCUCCUCUGCUGCAUCACCCAGUUCGUCGUCUCCCUGUACGUGUGGGCGGUGGUCAAGUCGUACAUGCACGUGCUCAAGGUGGCCAAGAGGAAGCCACCCGUGCCCGAGGAAGAACCGACGGACUACACGGUCAAUGGCGUCGACUUGCAGCAGGAUCCCGUGACGGUGUGACGAUUGCCUUCUGGACGGGAGCGGAGAAUGAUCUGCUUUCGUCUUCUUUUUUUUUCUCUCUCUCCCACUGUUUAUUUUUCGUUUCGUUUCGUUUCUUUUCCAUUUUGUUAUGUAGCAUGUAGUGUAGAAAGUUUUUUUUAUAUAUAUAAUCUUUUAAAAAGUUUUAUAGGUAUUUGUUUUCCUUGUUUGGAGACAACUUUCGCAAAUAUCUGUUCUCUUCGUGUCAUUCGUUAACUGAAUGUUUCGGCUCAUAUUUACUUGUAUUUCCGUCCUACUUUUUCAUCAAGUUUAGGGAUGUUUUUUGUGACAGUAUUUGUUAGCCUUUCAAAACGUUUUCGUUAAUGUAGAGUCUCUCUCUCUCUCUCUCUCUCUCUCUCUC